AUGCACCCCAUGUUCCAGGCCCUUUCUAGGCAUUGCAGCGAAGACUCAAUGCUCAGGGAUGCCACCCUAGCUUUGUCUUCGUGCAACUUCAGCCGCCUCCAUCCAGACAUCAAAGACACGACGAACCGCUACAUGGGCUACUUUAGUCCAGCUCUUGUUCAUCAGACUAGGAGCCAGCUUUACUACUCCCAAGCGAUUCGCAAGUUCACUGCCUUAAGUGAAUACGAGUGUCAGAACACCCCCAUAGUGAUCUUGACAGUCUUGACGAUCUUCGCAUACAUCGAGUCCUCGAUGGGGAACUUUCACGGUUUCAAUUGCCAUGACCAAGGGAUGUCCAGCUUGCUUUUGAACCUCAACGUCAGCUUGAAAGAUCCGACCUUGGAGGCUCUGCUAGCAGCAUGGCUGCAAAUCAGAAUCGUGGUUUGGUGGGGCCGCGCCUACUUUUGCUCGUUGCAGGUGCUGCAGCAUCUCCCGUCUGCUCUUUUGCCAGAGUUACUCCAAGACGGCUCUGCCUCCCCCCACAGGCGAAGGGUAACUGUCUUGGGUAUCAUGUGCGAGUCACACCGUCUGAAUUUUCAAAGGGUGCUGAAACAUUGGGAGCCCACGAAUACAGAAGUUUCAGAACACCAAGAGCAUUUGGGAGAAGUUGAAGAUUACACGCAAACCAUUUCGAAACUUGCUAUGCAAAGCAGCGAACUGGACAUAUGGGUUUCAGAGCUCCCUCCCUCUGACCUGCCAAUAGAGAAUCACGGUCACUUGGAAGGUUCCGAAAUGAAUCUCCAAGAAAACUCAAUCCACUUUCAGUCGCACGAAGCAGCGCUGAACUAUGCAUACUACGUGGUGGGACGGAUCAUGCAGUGUACGGGACUGCUGGAAGCUCUACGAAUGAAUGAAUCACCCCCUUCUGCACACGAAUUCACCGAAGAGGAAGAAUGGACACUUCUACUACUUCGAAUUGUCAAAGGAACCGAUAUGCAAAAGUCACUUACAAUGAACAACUAUACCAUCGGAUUCUCGGGUCUCUUGUUGACUGCUCUUCUCCGAUGUCGAAGCCAUUCUCUGGGUCUCGAGAUUCAAAAUUGGUUACAGGGUCUUGCGAAUUUGCAAUCAACAGAAGAGGGCGCUUUUCCUCUAUACCAAACCCUGGGUGUUGCCAAGGCCAUCAACAGGCAAAAGGAAAUUUACCGUGACGUUUUGGGCGCAACGCAGCCUGUCGACGAUGAUGGGGGCACGCCCAAAUUUAAUGCCUACAACAGUCAGCCGAUCUCCACCUUGUUAUUCCACGGGAUCUGCAAAUACUCGGGAGCUCUCUUCAGUGAAUGUGUUUCCAUUGAUAUAUAA